GAAAGGCCCGAUCGCUGAUCCCGUUGUGGGAGCCUUCUCUCUUGCACUGUUGUACUAAUCUGCUGGCGAGUGGCGAAAAUAAGUCGAACCCGUCCUUCUUUUGAAACGUGUCACUCUCGGCUCUCUGACUUAAUCACUAUGUCCUACCAGUGGGAGGUUGUUGGCGGAAAAAAGCCCAAAGCCAACGGACAGCAAAGCAACAAGCUGACCAAAAGCGAAAAGAAAAAAUUCGUCGAGAAUGCACCAAAGGCUGAAGACAUCUUGCCGUUAGUAGAAGUGCAGACCCUGUACACGAAAUUGGACAAGAAGAAAAAGGCCGGACGAGACGGCUCGAACGAAAACAAGCAGAAUGGCCAGUCAAACGGCAAAGCAGCUGUCAAAGCCGAGGUGGUCAGCAAACCGGCGGCGAGCAAAGCCAAGAAACAAACUCCAUCUCCAGCCAAGACCGUCAAAGAACAGUCGCCCGAGCAGAAGGCCAGGGCCGCCCUGAAGAGCGUGGAAGUGGCCGACCUCAGUGCCUUGGUCCAAUCUGGUAAGCAGCAAUAUGAAGAAGAGCCGUCGGUUUGGCUCCGCUUCCUGGCUUCCAGUUUGACCGCAAAACUGACCCCUGCGGUGUGGAACUAUUUAAACAUCGAAGACUUGAAGUCUUCAAUUUUGGAGCUGUGCCCUGGAGAGCUGAAGAAGAUGCUCGUGUCCACCGUCAAGGAGCUGAACCCUAAAAUCCAACAGGCCUUUUACGAGAACUGUUUGAGUGCUAUAGCAAACGACGCCAGCAAAGACCUGAAGGUGGAUGGUUGGCUGCUGCUGAUUGAAACCUUGUCCCACGUCUCCCCCGAGUUGGCUGUGAACAACCUUUCUCGCUACGAGUCCAUCAUGGUUUCGUAUCAAAAUAGACCUGUGGUUGGCAAAACUUUGCUCUGGGCUCUUGGCCAGGCCGGACUCAGAAAUUUGGCUGUCGGUGUACAGAUUUGGCAUUCCAUUUUCCGGCCGAGGGCGGACACAAAAAAUUACUCUAAAGUUGUUACUGGCCACUUCUGCUCUUUCGUCCAAGCGGCAUCGACCAAGAGCAAGAAUGUGGCAGACAAUAAUAUUAAUUUGGAGCAAUACCGUUCUUUCAUCUUGCUGCUUACUUCAAAACCCUUUGUUGAUCAUCCAUCUCUAGAGACUACGUUUAAGUCCCUGCAGGUUCUUGCUGUGAAGACAAUCACUGUGACUGUUAUCUUCGAGGAGCUGUUCAAUCAGUAUGAGGGAACCAAUUUUUCUGAUGGAGACAAGGCCAUGAAGCAGAUCAUGGAGGGUUUAACAUGGUGCCUUAAAAAAGACGUGAAAGAGUCUGAAAUUGCGUGGAACUCUAUUUUGAGCAAUAAAAACUUCAAGAAAGCUCUGGAAACCACGUAUCAACUGCUUAAGCAUAUCCAGUCAUCGUGGAAUAAGAGCAACAAGGAAAUGGAAAACUUUGCUGUUGACAACAGCUUCAGAGAUGGCUUUGUGAAUUUGCUCAAGAGUGUGGUGAAGAAGAGCGAAUCUGUGCCAGGCACCAACAAAGUUCCGCCUGGACAGUGUGCCCAUAUCGCUCAGAAUCUCAUCAACCGUCUCAAGAAAAUAGAGAUUGAAAACUCGAAGAAAAUGGGUGGAUUUCCGUGGAAGACUGCUAACCUAAUACUCAUCAUCGCAAUUUCUUCAAUUGUGGCCUACGAUGUGAAGAUCCAUGAUGGCUUUGAAAAAUCAAGCACAGGGAUUUUCCUUCAAAAUAUUGGUGCCCUUCAUUACGGACAAAUAGCCCUGGACAAAUCAAAAGAAUACUACCAAAUUGCUUACAAAUGGAGUGAAAAGGAAAUUCCUCCGAUUUGGAACAAGUAUGGUGCACCCACCUGGCAGGUUGUGCGAGAGCAGAGUGGGAAAUUGUUCGACGCAACGAAAGCAACGGCCCUGAACAUUGGCAACUGGGUGUCGGAAACUUGGCCAAAAGUAUUAUCAUCUGUUGAAGAGUAUGCUCCCGGGCUCAGCGAUAAAAUUGUCGAAUUCAGCAAACUGGGCUGGCAGUCCAUUAAAGAUUUUGGUGCAAUCGGCUACGCCUACUCUCUGCACGCUGUUUCAUGGGUCAACAAAACUGCUUUUGGUGGGCAAUUCUCUGCUGAAUACUUAUCUGAGAUGUCAAUCGCGGCUUACAACGCCUCGCACGCGUUGGCAAUGGACACAUACCAGUGGAUCUCGGAAAUGGUCUUGCCCCUGAAAUCCAGCGCGGUCCCACCGACCAAGAGCUCGUAAUCUUCUACAUUCCCGAAUUUACAUCAUCUUCAUACAAACUUUCGUUUUUCAAAUUUUUCGAUUUUUAUUUAGAUUUGAGAUAGUGCAAAUUUAUCGAAUUUGUUUAAACUGUAAUUAAGACUGUCCCAUCUAACAUCUAUUGCAUGUUAACAUUGAAGCACAAUAACAGUAAAGCGUGUAUGGAAUGUGUACUUUUUAUCAAGAGAAAUGGAUG